AUGAAGCUGAUAGCUGAUGACGUCAGUGCAACGGAGUCGGCUUCUUUCGAUCAAACACGUCAAUUCAACCCUUCUCAACAACCAAUUCAUUCCAAUGAUCCCGAUGCAGAUGUGAAGAAGAAAAUUGUACUUUUCAACCUCCCAGAACCGUUUGGUGAUGAUCAGAUGAAAGAGCAAGCCGAUCGGAAUGCUUUUCAUCAAGUUUUAUAUGCGAUCAACGCGGAAAGUCUGGCCGGAAAUAUUCGCGAGAUCAAACGAGAAGGACGAUUUGAACAAAAUGGAAGACCUCGUCGUGUAAUUGUGACAUUCACUGAUGAAAAUGUGCAACGAAUCGUUGUCGAAUGUGCGCCGCAACUCUCAAAGAUUCGUCAACUGAAACAUCUAGCGCUUUAUGCUUACAAAUCACCGGCACAACGAUUCGAACCACCUCCGGAGCAACAAACGAAACGUCAAAACAACAAAGCACGGCCGACGAGAGUGGAUGGGUAUCACGGCGGCACUUCUCGGAAGGCUCCCGAUCAAAAGUUCGAGCAAAGAGGCAAGAAAGAAUUACGACCUCAACAUCCACCACCAUCUGAUUCACCUCAACUUUCACAAAACAGCCACGCUGGGAGCUUGUACGGGAGUACGACAAAUCCUUCGAAUGUCAAUUAUGUCACUCGAUCGGAACCUCCGCGCCCCAUUUCGCCACAACUUUCCGAAACAAGUAGCAAUGCUGGGAGCUUUUACGGGAAAAUGCUACAGUCUUCCAAUGGUCAUAAACAAGACGGAACACCUUCGAACGUGCAGUCCAAUGAAGUGACUCCAAAUCAUCAACAACAAAUCUUCAACAACUCUUUCGGAUUUCGACACAAUGGCGCUAUGCCAGGCAAUGGUCAACAAAAUGGAAUGAACGGCCAACACCAUGCAAAUCAACCAGCACCAUUUCCACCGCAAAUGUUCAACAAUGCUUUUGGUUUUGCGCCGAAUUUUGCCCCGCCAGGAAAUCCUCAACCAGUUCCACUAAUGUCUUUCAACCCAACCGAUCCGCAAUUCCAAAUGAUGAUGAUGCAAAUGUACGGAAUGUUCCUCAACUCUCAACAAGCACAGCAAAACAACAAUCCUUCCGUGCCGUCAAAUGUGCCAACAUCAGCAAAUGAGUUUUCUGAACAUUUCCCGGAACAAAUGGAAGAAGUAGAUGCUUCAAAUGGAAUUCAAAGGAAAAACGGUUGCAAUCAACACUUUGAUACUCCACUCGCCAGAAAAUCUGAACCUGAUCAACAAAACACUGUCGAUUUGCUCAACGGAGACCAAGAUGUGAAUUUGAUUCGUGAAGCCCAACUGAACGCCCACAAUAUCAACGCCCGUCUACAAGAUCUAUCACCCGAACAAGCAAAACUCUUCCUGAACACUUUAAGCAAGAAUUUGUGGAGAGAAGACAAACAAGAUGAUUUCUCGAAGAAGCCAUUGGAGAAAGCUCUGGAUGACUUCAUUCUAUUGGAUCUCUCGGUUGAGAUUCCGCCAGUUGAAACAAUCCAGUCAAUGUUUAAAUCGAGUGAACUGAGUGAUUGCAAUUCAUCAAAUGAUCCACAAAGUUUCAUGAAUCGAGAAACCACAAUCGGACCCAUUGCUGCUGAUAUCUACGAGGACAUCACUCCAAGAAAACUUUCCGGAACUUCUCAAUUGCCUCUUGGGCGAGAAUUCGAGGAACAAGAUGUCGUCUCAGCUGCAAAGCCUUUAUCUUCCUUUAUCUCCUCAAACACUCCAUUUCACGAGUGCCAAACAAAUGUACAACAACUUGUCAAGCAAUUUGAAAAAGUUCCGAAUCCUGAUUGGCCUUCAAAUUUGAGCUAUGACUUGAAACCGAUUCAAAUAAAAUUCCCGUCGGCUUUCGAAGCUCCAACUGACAUUCAAUUUGAUACAAGGGAAAUAAAAACGUUUGCCGAUAGCUGGAAACAUUCGUCGAACGAGGUACAGAGAUUGUUGGAUCACGCUGCACGAGCUCGCCCACACAACACCUCGGACACGCUGUCAAUCAACGAGACUCGAACUUGGAUCUAUCAGUUAAUCGAUCCAAUUCUCAAAGCUUGUACAAUGAUCCAGAGAAACUUGCAGCAACUGGACUGGCAGAAGAAAGAGCUGAUGCAAGCCGAGAGCAAUGUUGAAGAAUUGCGGAGAUUGGCGACGAUUCGAGUGACUUCAAUAGAAAUCUUACAGCUAUCGAUGCCCCAAACCGUUUGUCGGAGUCAAAAAUGUGCAAGGUAUGAAAGGAUUGAUGGAAAAGAAGCGUUGAUCUACAGGGUUUGCCACAAAGAUUGCAAACUAAGCGAUAUUGGAAAACUAGACGGAUGUGCAGUCUUUCAUGGUUGCAGGUUCUGCACGGAAUGCUCCUGUCACAUAAACGAUCACGAGCGAAUCCCGUACAAGCAACAAAUCACCACAAAAUCUCUGGAAAACCCACAAAAACUUGCCCUUGAAGUGAAUGCUGCCGAGAUGAAGAAAACCUCGAUUCGAAAAUUUGAGCGACUCAUCAAUGGAUAUCAAAAAGAAUCCAACUACAUUUUAUUCGCAAUGACAACUUUUUCAGCGUUCCUUGCUGAGAAUGGGAUCACUCAGCAAACGAAUCUUUUUGAACAACACUUACAGAAACUGAUUGUUGCCGAAGAAAAGAAAAUGAAAAGCGUAGCCGGGGUGGAUGCGGAGGAAUUCAAUCGAUUGCUCGAACUCAGUAUGACUUAUGGAGAUAUUUGCAAACAAUUUGUUCAUCAACGAGACUCGGAAAAGAUCUCACUUGAUGAGCUGCAAGAAAUUCGACAAAAGUUGUUCUCUUUACCGCUGAAUGGCGCAAUGAUUGCACAGAUUUUCGAUAUUCAUGUGAAGACCGAUCAUCAGGAUUAUGAUGCAACUGUGACACGCUGCGAGAAAUCGAUGUUUCAG